AUGUCCGUUUUAUUGGACAAUGCAUCUUCAUCAGUUUUACAUAGAGAUUUGCUUGAUGGUCACGGCACAGUCAUAGGCUCUGAUAGUUUCAUCAGUGAUAAGGCAAUAAUAAUUUUCCAGUACGUGAUGAUAACUGUGAUUUGUCAGUUCAUAAAUAUUUUUGGCGUGGGAACAAACAUCAUCAACAUCAUGUGCUUUGCUAAGCAAGGUUUCAACGAUUCUGUUAACAUUUGUUUACUAG